AUGUUCAACCCAGCAUUUACGUCUCGAAUAUUUUGCUGGCAAGAUGAUGAUAAUGAUGACGACGAAGAAGCGGAGAUUGCAAAGUUGUUGGAAGAGAUUGCAACUGGUGUCACCAACCGUCUGACGUUGGAUUACAGCACCGCAUUGUGGAAACCGGAAAAUCAAAAGCGACUAGCGGAUGCCUUUGCCGAUAGGCGAUGCUCGUUGCUCUACAUAUCCUUACGGUCCUGUCGUUGUGGGGACGAUUUCAUUGACAUGUGUUUGAACCAAGAGCGGCGCCCGCAUGUGUGGGAGGAACAAGAGACCGAAAUAGUCUACCAUACAGUUCGGCUGGGAUCCAUUCUCCACGAAGGAACCGCCGGCCGCAUUUCUCCAAAGGGUGUCAAGUUGCUUCUGUCGCAUGGCAACACAUCCCUGAGGGUUUUGGAUCUCGAAGGGUGCUUGGAUUUGGACUGGUACGAAAAUUGUGGAGAUGAGGUCGUUAGCGCAAUUGAUGCACACAUUGCGACCUGCCUCGAACAGGGAAAGGCGCCACUCCCACAACUGCAGGAGUUGAAUUUAAAGUCCACGGGCUUGACACCCAGUGGUGCCAAGAGGAUAGCGGACAUGCAGGAACGGGGACAAUUGCCUCAGCUCCAAACAAUUCUAUUGGAUGAGGACCUGACAAAACCGCCGCGUCGCAUUGGACCAAAGUAG